CGUUGUAAUGUCUGUGUCAAAAAGUCAUGCUAGAUUAAUUGAUUAGAAUCUUCUCCCUCCGUAAAGAAAUAUAAGAGUGUUUAGAUAACUAAAUCUAAUUUAGUGAUCUAAACGCUCUUAUAUUUAGUUACAGAGGGAGUAUUUGUUUUUGUGGGUUAUUUUUGAAUUAAUUAGAGUCUGGCCCAUAAAGUAUCAUAUUAGUAAAAUCCUACCUAGAUGUAAUUAUGUAGUGGACAUACGGAUUAAUAAUGCUAGUAGUACUAGCUCAAUACCUAUGCCUCGCUAUGAAAGUUAAAUGCUCUUGUAUUGAUAUCAAAGUUUUUUUUAUUGCAUGAGUUUUUAGGCUUUUGUGUCACAAAAUACACAUAAAUCCAAUCAACUAGCCAAAAUGUACAUCUGUCUGCUACAUACAAUGCAUGAUAAUUGUUGUUAUUCAUUUUUUGAGGGGUAACUUGCUCCAAAAGUGAAUGAACCACUACCAACUCAAAUCUUUAUAAGAGCAAAGAUAAUUUUAAUUAUAUGAGCGUACCUCAGUAGGUUGGUGGUGCUGAUGGACAUGGUUUGAGUCAUUUUCAACUAUCUGUACUCUAGUUCCGCAUGGUUAACCAGGAACAAAAAUCACAUUAUGAUUUGUGGCAACAUUAACCCAGUCUCUAGCUUUCCCAUGAUGCAAGUGUUUUUUUCAAUGAUACUGUUAGGUUCCUGAAGGGCUCGGAGAGCAUGUUACAUCAUCCAAGAAAGCACAAGCUAAAUGGUAUGAGCAUGUGAGAAAAGCAGCUUGUGAACACUUGUUUGUUUUAAUACAAAUUGAAAUUGGUACAUUUCUUAUGCAAAAAAUUCUUCCAAAGUUGGCUUCAUUUCUCAGAGUUCAAUAUCAGACAUGCUAAUGAUUAUAGAAAAAUAAUUGUAACUCUGAUUAAUAUAAAUAAUGAUCCUUUGCAAAAUAUAAGGAUUCUCACGGUAUGACCCUCUUUACAUUGGUGUCAAGUACAACAGCACAUACUACAGAAUCUUUGUUUCGAUUUCACCAAACAAAAUUAGUGUGUCAAAUUUAACCUGUACUUUGAACAAGAACAGGUAUAGGAAUAUCUCUGAAGCUUAUGUAAAAACAGAACCCCCUCCGAGAACAUUGGCAGAGGCUGCCAUGCUAGUUGCUACAGCUCUGGGCAGGAUCCAGGGAGCUAAUUUGGAGGGUGUCCUUGCCUACUAUGGCUUCCCGAUUCCAAUGCCCCCUGUAGUCACCACAGAGCACCAUCCAGCAUCACUACCAGACGGCGUGCAGUUCGUCCUGAAAACUUUGCCGAUUUAUGCAAAGUGCAUUGGAGAUGGUGAUGGCUUUACUGCUUAUGUUGACACAGCAGAUCCAACAGAAUCAACAAAUGUGCCACAGGAAGUGCGUGAGGCUGUCAAUGCAAUGUUACAAACACCCAAGCAUAGGAACAGCCAACAGAAAAAUGUGCUCCAAAGUAAACUGAACAAAGCUGGUUAUAGGAUAAUAUAUACUUCAAAAUAUGAGAUCCUUGCAAGGCAAUACCGCUUCAGAUUGAGGGGCAUUGAUGCACCGGAGAUGGGAAUGCAAUAUGGGAAGGAGUCCCAGAAUGCGCUGGUGAACCUUAUCGCUGGCAAAAGUGUCAUGGUUUACGUAUAUGGGCAGGACCAGUAUGAUCGCUGUGUUGGAGAUAUCUAUUGUGAUGGUGUGUUCAUCCAGGAACAAAUGCUGAAGGAGGGUCAUGCAUGGCAUUACAAGAUUUACGACAAACGCAAAGAAUUUGCAAAAUGGGAGAUGAAAGCACGAGAUGCACGCCGAGGGCUUUGGGCAUCUGAUAACCCUGAGAAGCCAUGGGAUUGGAAAAGGAAGCACAACGUGAGAAAUGAGACAUCUGAUAACCUUGAUAAGACAUGGGAAUGGAGACGGAAAUCGCACAAUGCAAGACACCAGAACACCCCAAUUCAGGUGACAUUGUGUACCUGAAUCUCAAGUGAUGAGCUCUUGAAUGGUGAGGAAGUCAAACAGCCUGCUGGAGAUGUAAAUUUAGUGAAAGCGUCUGAAGCAAAAUUUGCCAUUCACUUAUUCGGAAUCUCUAUGCAGUUUGAGCUGAGAAUGUAUAGAUGAACUGUGAUGAGUACUGUGUUGAAAUAUUGCAAUAAUGCCUAAUUUGUGCCAGUUCAGGCAGCAUAAA